UCAAUCAUCAUUAUACACCUAGGUACUUGCAAUACUAUCAAAGUACCUAAAAUACUAAUACACAAACACAUAAUCAUAAAUCUUUUUGGUGUCUUUCUCACAAAAAAAUAGAAGAAAAAUCAGUUAGAGUUUACACUGUAAACAAGUUUAAAAUCAAACAACCAUGGGAGAUAUGUCAGGAGAUAUCCAAAUCUCAUCUGGAGGCCACACCUCGGUGGACAUCCUCAAGAUCUCCGCCAACACCGAGUACCUUCACAGCUUCCUCCGGGUGGACCAUGGAGAAGAGACUGGAUCAGAGGCCGGUGACGCAAACAAGGGGAAGAAACCACUCAAGAAGAAACCAACCGAGGGAGAAGUCAGGACUGAGAGAAGACGAGAGAGAGAUCGACCGAGAAGUCCGAGCACGCCUCCUCCAGCAGGACCCACCAGCUUCCAGCAGAUCAAACGUGAGAUCAUCGCAAAGGCAAAGGCGGAGCGCCAAAAACUCUUGAAGGCAGGGAAGAGGUCAAAGAAAGAUAGAGUGAGGAUGGAGGAGAUAUACACCGAUAAGGAUAGAGCUGCAGCGGUCAACAUGGGCAGUCGGGAUAUCAAACAUUCGCUGAAGAUGAAGAGACGUCAGGAUAGGAGUAAGGCAUUGCAGAUACCUGAGGAGGCUGAGCCGAGUACACUACUUGCUCUGGGUAGUCAUGAGUUGAGGUCUGGAGACGUCGACAUCGCCAUCGGGUUUGUCAACAAGGCCCUUGAGCUAUGUUCCACUGAUAAGAAUGCCCUUGUUGCCCGGAGCAAGUGCUAUCUUCUCCUGGGAGAACCAAACUUGGCCCUCAAAGAUGCGGAGACUGCGCUCGCCAGUGAUAAGAGCUUCGUUAAGGGAAUUCUUCAAAAGGCUGAAGCCCUCUACCACUUGGGUGACUUUGAGCACGCCCUCAUGUACUACCACAGAGGUCUCCGUAUCCGACCGGAAAUGCAGGAGUUUAGACUCGGAGUGCAGAAGUCACAGGAAGCCAUCGAGAACACCAUUGGAAAUAAGGUAGGGUCUAAGUUGACUUUACCACCUUACCUGGAGCAGUCCCGUCCCAACAGCAAAGUGUCGAGCGCAGGACCAGGCGGUAGACCGAGUGUUGCGAGUUCCGAGCGUGGUAAGAGCGCCAUCUGUGUUGACGAGCUUAUCAAAAACACUGCCAGCAGCAAGAAAGCGGAAAAAAUGCUACUGGGUGAACUCAACGUGGAUAAAGAAUACUUGGAGGAACUCCUUAAACACCCAGAUAUCAAAUGUUUACACAAAGAGAUGGCCAACAACCCAAUACAGAAGUACGCUGAGGAGGGAGUAGCGUUCAUCAAAAACCGCCAAGAGUUUUGGCGGCAACAACGAUGCGACAACUCUGGUGGAGCAACCAAGCGAAAACGUCCUUCAAAGAAACAACCAAGCACAAACAAACAAUCUUAAUUCUGAUGUAAACCUUGUAUUGUCCAUUAGUUCAUAGCUAACAUAGUAAGUAGCAUCAAUGAUGAUUGAAUAUCAUUAAAAUAGGAAAAAGUAGUAAGUUAAGUACUGUUCUGAAACCAUUUUGGUCAAAAUUCGGUUUAAGUUUAAAUAAUAAGUAGUUAUAAAACAUGUUUUGCUUGGUGUAAUAAUUGCUCAAUUUUAAUUAAAGAUUAUAUUACACAAGUA